UCGGCGAAUGCCACAAUCGUCGCAGACUUCGAACCGCUCACACGUUCACGUGUAUCGCGAUCCUGUAACCGUCACAUUACGAAAAUAACAAUCGAGUGUUAUUCGUAUACAACAAUUUUAAAAUUUGAAGUGUUUCCUUUUAUUUUUAAUUUUGGCGCCCAGCGGCGAGUCGAAGGGAAAGAUGCGAAACUGCCUAUGGAUUGUCGCACUCCUGACCGCUGUCACCAUAGCUAAUGGAGCCUCAUCAUCCUCAAGCCACAACAACAUAAUGGACGACAGUAAAGAGCCAAGCACACACGAACUCCUCAGCUCCCUCGGCCUCAAAAAACUCAGAAUACCAGCCGCCCAUCAUAGGAAACGGCUAGCUGAACAAGGCAGGCGGCACGCAACUGGAGACUCUAGAAUGUUCGUCAUCAAACUCCCCCCGAACACAAGCUACUACACCCAUGCAGAUCCUGCUCCAGCCGCGGCUAGAACUCUGCCCCUACAAAUGACUAGUAAUGGCAAGCCGGCAAGAGUCUACCAUUGGAAUAUUCCAGUGUUACAGAAGCUGGCCAAGAACCGCCCUCAAGCGAGGUUCGACGAUGACGUGGUAGACGUUGAAAGCACUCCCACAUGGACCAAAGAGGGAAACAAUCAUCCAAACUCGUUGAAUGCAUUGGCUUACUAUGUACCAGCUAAAAAGACUUCGUUCAGAAAAUACUUCUCGGGCAACGGGAAACCUAAGUCUUUUUAUAUCAUAGAGAAAAAUAAGAAGGCUGCAGAAUACCACAGAUUAUUGCCUUAAUUUAUUACUCUAUUAUAUUGAAUGUUAGGGGUGUUUUACAAUAUCAAUAUUGGGUGAUAUUUACAUUUUGGAUACAUACUAAAUGCAGUUUUAAAUUGAACAUUUGAUCUCAUCACAUAACUACUAAACUAUCGAAGACAUUGUAAAAUUUUAUAAAUUUAUCAAAAAUACAUCAAUAGUUUCCUAAAUUGACAAAUUAAUGUAAAUUCGAUCCAAAAUAUAUGUUAAUGUAAUAUCGCCCUUAGUGUAAAUUUAACAUGUAUAAUUAAGUGCUUGUGAGACAAUAGCCCUGUGUUUUUAUUUAAAAAAUAAUUUAAAAAAUCUCAUUUUUAGGAUUGGCAAUACAUUGCUUUGGUUAGAAGCUAAUAGGGAGUUAACAGAAACCGGUUAUUUGCUAGAGGUGCUUAUAAUAAGGACUGGUAUUUAUGCAUAAAACGAGACGUACUGAUUGGAUAAUUGAUACUUUUUUAAAUGAUCUGAUAAAAAAAAUAUUAGCUACUUGCAAGUAACCAUUACAAUAAUAUUUUAAAAUCGAGCCAUCCAUUUCUGUUCCUAAUAUCUAUAACAAAUCACAUUUUAUAGAAGUUUCUAGAAGAUUCAAUUAUAAACAUUACCAUUGUAACUAAAUGUUACUUUGAGAGGUGAUAUGUUUGAAAUAGUUUAUUUCAUAUAAAUUCGACACAAUAUUAAUUGUUUUUGAAGUAAAUUAGAUUUAAGAUAUUAAUUUGUAUUAAUUAUUGACGGUUUUCGAAUGUUUUUAUAUUGAUUUAUAUUAAUGAACGAUUAGAUAUAAACAAUAUAAGGGCCAGAAGUGUCUUUAUCCAAGACACCAGGCCGUAGAACCUACAGCGGUGUCACGAACUGAGAACGAAAUACGAUAAAAAUAUAUAGUAGUUCAAUAAAUAUUUUUAAUCUGUACCCAAUAUAUUUAAAAAGAAAAUAUCAUAUUUAUCUUUAAAGCAGACAGUUCAAAUCAUGGUCAUGUCAAGAUUGAGGAUUUGAUCUGAUAUGGAAAGUUCCUUGUUUACAUAUACAUAUGUAGUCAUAACUGAGUACCACUGUCAUGACUGGCUGUCUGGUGAUGUUAUGGUACAGUUCACGUCACUUCACCACUUUUCAUCAAGUGGGACGUAUGCUUAUUUGUAAUUCCAGUCGAAAAAACUUACCUUGUAAACUUUCGUGUUGAGUUUUUAAAUAAAUUUGACCUAUUUAUUUUAUAUAUUAAAAAAAAUCAUUUUGCAUUAUCUAUAUUUACUUAAAGCUCGCUGUUUUAAUUUAAAAUGUACGUGUAUAUGUAAAUUAAUAUAGUAAGUUAUUUUGAUUUUAAUAUUUAUAUAACUAUUAA